ACUGAUGAUGCUGUCAUACUGGCUAGGUUCAGUGACAUGGACUCUGGAUCUGAGAUUUAUAACUCUGAUGUUUCUUUGAAUCUGACCAAGUAUGGCAAUCAUGCUAAUAAGGCUGAGUUGGUUGAUCCUCAGGAUCUUAUGAGUCAAUUCUCUGAAGCUGAGCCUUCUGAUGCAGCUGGUGGAGCUUACAUUGGGCUAGGUGUUGAUGGUAACAAUGUUUUAGGGGAUGAGGUUGUCAAUUUGGAUGGUCAGGAAGGUCGUGACGAAGGUCUCAACAUUGCUGAUGCGGAUUCUGUUUCAAUGAUUGCUCAUAAGAAAAGGGUUACUGCUGAUCCUGUGAGCGGUGGUGCUGGAACUAGCAACGUGAAGAUUCUCAAGCAAAUCAAGCAGGAGAAGAAUGCCUGAGUGUUGUUGACAUGAUCUGGUUAAAAUGCAUGUUGUGUUUUGUGGAGGUAGAAUAUAAGAAUAAUGGGUGUCUCAUGGUAGAUGGUACAACAUCUUUUGGAUUGGCUUUGUGUUGUACUGAAUUUUCUCCACUGUUUGUCUUUUUUUUUUCUUCAUGUGCUGUGUUUGUCUAGAUGAAUGUUGUUUCAGAACUGCUUUGUUGUUUCAUGUCCAUUUAUGAGUUGUGUUAGAGUUACCAGUUACAACUUUGUACCCAUCACUGUGGUGGUCUGUUACAAAGAUGUGUCUUUCUACCAGUUUAUAAUAAUUAUGG